CUGAAUUUUGGCUGCGGGGACCUGGAACAGGCGGAUGGCACAGCUUUGCAUUUAUCCCUCUCUAGUCUGGUUGGGUGUCUUCAGCACAAAUACCUCUUUAAGGAUUCAGAAAACUUGCAGUGCUUAAAAGAAAAGGAAAAAAACCUCUAUGGUCUGGUAUAAGCUUCUAUAAAAAAAUCAUAUUUUCCUCAUGAAUGAAGUCUUGUUGUGGUAGAAGACAGUGGCUGCUUCUAAUUUAUUUUUAAACAGAAGCUGCCUUUGAUUAUGUGAAGGACUGAUCAGCUUUUCUAGCCUAAAGGGAGUAGCCAAGUCUGGGCAUUUUAUCUCAGAGAAGGUUUUCUCUAAUGUGCUCUCCUAUUCUCUGUUUCAGUCGAUGCUCAGGAAAAGGAGGAUUCUGUUAAAAGCCCAGACUGUGUGGAAAGACUGGCACGAAAAUACAUGCAGAAGUGCACAGUGGAGUCAAGCACAGAGUCUGAGUCUGAAUGCAGGGCAGAGGUUGUGCCUAGCCCACUUGCUGGAGGACCCAAGAAAGCAAAGGAAUCCAGGGGACUACAGUUUUCAGAUCCUUAUGAUGGUGAUUCAGAAGAUGCAUCUGUUCACACGGACUGUGGUAUGAAGGAUGCACCAUGGAUAAACAGUGCCUCACAAGCAGUGCCUCUGGAGGAUGCUGCUACUUCAGAAGAUGAAGAAUCCUUCCCUAAUGCCCCAAAUGUCAGAGAAAUCCAGGCAGUAAACGACUGCAGAGCAGCCCUGGAGCCUCCUGGCCUGGAGCAGCAUCUGUGGCAAUCACGGGAGCCGCCUCCAGGCUCAGAAGGCUUCACCCCACAGAGGGCUGUUAACCCUUCAGCCCCCGCGGAGCUCCCUGCAGCCCCGGCUGGCACUGCUCCACAGCCCCUGCUCGCAGCUCACUGUGAUGGCACAAUGGCCAAGCAGCCCAUGAUUAAAAGAAAACACGAGAUUCCUGCCACAGAGAGUGCUAGUGAAAAACUGAAGAGAAAGAAAUUCCGUGCAACUUAAUCUAAGGGAAGAAUAAAUCAUUGGACAGACUGUUCUGAAAAGGAAGGAUCGUUCUGCUAGAGAUUUCUUCUGCAGGGUGUACCUGAACUAAUGAGGCUGCCUCAAGCCUGUUACAAAUGCACUGCACUGUACAGCAAGCCCUGAGAUCCACCUGAAAAACCGAACCAAACAAGCUGUGUGGCAAUUCCAGUGGAAACUAGCAAAGGUACAUCCACAGCACGACAGACAAGCUCGGUGCCCAGGUCCUCUGGGAGCAGCAGCCCCAGCUCCUGUGUGCAGCACCUGGAGGCAGCUGCUGCUCAGUUUCAGUGUAAUUUCACCAACACUGCCAAGGGUUUGUGAGCAGGAAAUGAAGAAUGGCCCCUUGGCUGCAAUUAUCUUCCAACAGCUAUGUCUUGUCUGGCACCUGCUUCAGGUCUUGUCUGGCUCCUGCUGUGUCUGACCUCCCUCGAGUGGUGAACGACACAGGCUUGACUCCCAACAGCUGAACUGCAUCACGCUGAACUGACUGCAGCUACUGGCAACCCAGCAUUUAUUUUCUCCUUCAAAGGGGAGAAAUUGCCUAGUUGCUGUUAACACAGCUGCUCCUUCCUUGUUUGACCAAUGUUUUGGGCAGUUUCUGUGUAGCUGCCAGAAAAGUGUUUACAAUGUGAUGUGGAACACAUGAGCUCAGAGCUGCUUAGUGAAAGCAAUCACUGAGGAGCUGCAGGAAUGGUGCCCACAGAUGGGAGGCCAGUUAGGGAGCACAUCUGUCUCUCUGAUCUCCCUUUCCUGUGUGGUAAUUUCUUUUAUCAGGUUUAGAAUCUGGGUAGUCCAUUUGUGUGGGAGGGAAACUACUAACUAUGAAAGUAUAAUGAUGGCUUAAAAGAUGUUAGUACCAGCAACUUGUGGAAGCAUUUGUUUUGUACAACUGGCAGAGAUUUUUAGUUUCCAGGUUCUUUCAUAGGAUGGAAAGCCACUCAAAAUGUUAUUUAACUGCUAACAUUGCACCCUUCCACCUGUGUAUUUAUUUUAUUAAAGUAUCUUUUCUUUCAUCCUUAUUA